AUGUUGUUCUUUGGUACUGCAUCGCUGCUAUUCUGGGUUUUUGGUUCCACCGGACUCGGGCGGCCGCUAAAAGACACACCAUCCAACGGCUCAGAUGGCGAGCUGCUUGUCACGCUACCCGGAUAUGGCUCAUUCCAGGGUACACACGUUGUCGCCAACUUGCUCAAGACGGUAACCUUCAGCAAGCCAGUCGAUGCGUGGCUUGGUGUUGACUUUUCGACUCAACCUGUUGGUGAAGGUCGUUUCAAGCCUGUUACCUGGCCAGCAGCGUUCGAAGGUAUCAAAGAUGCCAGUGCUUACGGGCCAGCGUGCUGGCAGAACGUGUAUGGGUCGAUGCUACAGUCAGAGGCCUGUCUCAACCUAAACGUCUAUCGGCCAUCUGGAGUGCCUAUGGAUCAAAAACUGCCAGUGUUUGUCUUUCUCCACGGCGGAUCGUUUGUUGGUGGUACUGGCAAGAGCUUCGACGGAGCAGCAUUCGUCGCGAAGAGCACGCAACCUCUGAUAGUCAUCACGGCGCAAUACCGACUCGGAGCCAUCGGGAACAUCCCAAGCAAGCUUAUGCAAGAGGAGGAUGGUCUGAACUUGGGCGUCCGGGACCAGCGGCAGAUGCUGGAGUUCGUGCAAAAGUACAUCGAGGACUUUGGUGGCGACAAGGACCAAGUCACACUCGGUGGUCUCAGUGCCGGCGGUCACUCCGUUGGGAUUCACCUAUUUCAUAACUACGGCGAGGAUGCUGGCAAGCCUCUGUUCAGCAAAGCCAUCCUGGCCUCGGGAUCGCCAACAGCACGUGCAUUCCCUGGAGUCGACUACCCCUUGUAUCAACGUCAAUUCUCAGAGUUCAUGGACUACCUCAACUGCCCCACGACGCCCAACGACGCCGCACUUGCGUGUCUGCGCAACGCUGAGGUUGAUGAUAUACAGUUUGUCUCGUCGGCAAUGUACUCCAAUUCAGGAUACAACAUCACGUGGCCCUGGCAACCCGUCUCGCCUGGCCCGCUCAUCGAGAAGCGCGGCUCCACCUCCGGCGAGGACGGCACCUUCUUCAAGAUCCCCAUCCUCAUCACCUCUGCGACUGAUGACGGUAGCCCCUUCGCACCGCAGGACCUGCGUACCAACGCCCAAUUCGUCGCCUUCUGGAGGAACCUCGCUCCCGGCCUAACUGACCAAGACAUCGAAGACCUUCAGACCCUGUACCCCGACCCCAGCGUGUCCGGCGCGCAGUCCCCCUUCCUGCCUGUCGUAAGCAACUUCGUCAGCCCGCAGUUCCAGCGUAUCAGCGCUGCGUACGGCGACUACAGCUACAUCUGCCCCGUCCAAGAUACAGCCUCGCGACUCGCAGCCGCCGGCGCGCCCGUAUACAAGGCGCGCUUCAACACCCCCAACUGGUCUCCUACCUGGCAGGGCGUUCCCCACGCCAGCGAUGCCAACUACUUCAACGGCCAGGCGGGCACGCAGUACCCCGAGAUCGCAGACAUCUACAGCAGCUACUAUGCCAGCUUUGUCGUCAGCGGCGACCCGAACACGUAUGCUGAUUCCCGCGCGGCGAAGUGGGACGUCUAUACCGGAGCGGGUAGCAACCAAUUGGUGGUCAACCCGCUAGAACAGGGCGGUCCGCGUAUGGAAGCAGAGGCGGACGGAAUUCGGAUGACGCAGUGCGCAUGGUGGCGGGAUGAGACACGAGCCACAAGGUUAAACAAAUAA